AUGAAAGAAACAACAAAAUUGUACCAGCAAUCAAGUACAGCCCGUUGGCUCUCUUCUCCCUACACGGCGGCGGAGGCGACUAUCAGAUCGGGGUCGAUUCCACCGAGCCCGCCAACGGCAGAGGAGACCCGAGCUUCCCCACCCGCAAGAGACGAAAUCCUCCAACUGCAUCAGCACAUUGGAGACCAGAAAAGGCGCUCCCUGCCCGUACAGAUCGAGGGAGAACUCUUUCUAAAGGAGGGGGCGGCGAACAGAGGCGGUGGUGGAGGUCUCAAGAUUAGGGUUUUCACCCUUUUGACGAGAGAGAACAAUUGA